AUGGCUGCAUCGGAAGAAGGGACCGGCUGUUUUCUACCGCGAGGCAGGUCGCAGAGCGACCCCAACAUCCUCACCGACCCCGCGGGCCCCGGCACCGGGGAGCACCCAGAUGAGAUGGAGCAGUCCCCUGCAGUGCGUUCUGACUACUUGGUCUCAGGGAUUCGAACUCCACCAGUGAGAAGGAACAGCAAACUGGCAACACUGGGCAGGAUCUUCAAGCCAUGGAAGUGGCGGAAAAAGAAAAACGAGAAGCUAAAGCAGACAUCUGCAGUGCUGGAGAAGAAGAUGACAGCACGACAAGGUCGGGAUGAACUCAUCAAGAAAGGCCUUCUGGAGAUGAUGGAACAGGAUACCGAAGGCAAAGCCUGCACUGCUGACGAUGCCACGAGAGCAACACAGAGUGACCCUCCGGCUCCUGUGUGCCAGGCACUUGCCUCAGAAGAAGGGCAGCAAGAGAUAGCCACAACGAAUGUGACCUCAUUGUGUGAGGAGCUGCAUCUGGAUGAACUGAAAGAAGAUGCAGCCAAGAAACCUUCAGCACCCACGGAAGAAUUAGAAGAUGUCAGCCUGCCAACAUCUGAAGACAGUCCACAAGCCUUACUUGUAUCUGAAUCCACAGAUUCUCCCCAGAAACAGACAGAAAGAAACCCAGCACAGCUUCCCAGCCCUCCGUUGCUCCCAGCUCCACCGCCGAAGGCAAUCUCCAAAAUCACAAAGACUGUAACAGCAGGAAGUGAAAUAGAUGACCCAGCCAUGAAAUCUCCUCCUUCCACCAUCCUGAAGAAUUAUGUCAUUGUCGGUUCCUCCCAAAUCUCAGGACAAGCUGCCCUAUUCCAUCCCUCUGGCCAGAAAAGUUCAGAUCCCCAUGUCAGAGGACAGGUAACAACACCAACGGGUUCCCCUCACCUGGCUGCCGUCCACCUGCCUUUACCUCCCAGCAGAGUCAUUGAAGAACUCCACAGGGCUCUGGCCACCAAACACCGGCAGGACAGCUUCCAUGGAAGAGAAAGCAAAGGCUCUCCCAAAAAAAGAGUGGAUGUCCGUCCGUCCAGAACAUCUAGCAUUGAGCGCAACAAAGAAAAGGAGAACUCACUGAGUUACAGCAGUGAUUCAGAAAAUAAGUGGAACUCAGUUAAAGAGUUGGAUGAGAACAAAGAAAACAUGAUCAUGAACUCCGAGCUCAAGGAAGACUCUGUUUUUUAUCAGGAUGAGGAAGUUUUGAAUGACUCCAUUAUUUCUGGUACUUUGCCAAGAAAAUGCAAGAAAGAACUGCUGGCAGUAAAACUACGAAACAGACCAAGUAAGCAGGAGUUGGAAGACAGGAAUAUUUUCCCAAGGAGGACAGAUGAGGAAAGACAGGAAAUCCGGCAGCAAAUUGAAAUGAAACUCUCAAAGCGACUCAGCCAAAGACCUGCUGUUGAGGAGCUAGAAAGAAGAAAUAUACUUAAACAACGGAAUGAUCAAACAGAGCAGGAAGAAAGAAGAGAAAUCAAACAGAGACUGACAAGAAAGCUUAACCAGAGACCUACAGUUGAUGAACUAAGAGACAGAAAAAUCCUGAUUCGAUUUAGUGAUUAUGUGGAAGUGGCAAAAGCACAGGACUACGACAGGAGAGCAGAUAAACCAUGGACAAGACUAUCAGCAGCAGACAAGGCAGCAAUUCGGAAAGAGCUCAAUGAAUACAAAAGUAAUGAAAUGGAGGUACAUGCAUCAAGCAAACAUUUGACAAGGUCAGUUUUCCAGCUAUUUAUUCCCAUUGUCUGCUAA